ACCAAUUUUCCACGUUACAGAGAUACACUAGUUUCCGUGCGUUACCAAAACACAGUACAUUCCUGGGAAUCCCGGAAUGAUUCCGGGGAUUCCGUGAACCGAUAGCAAAUUGGAUCGUAGACGACACACAAGCCCACUGUUUGGUUGCUCGGAAAAUCCUAAUCCCGAUAUGGAAAAGCUAUCAACGGGUACCUCACCUUCCUCGCAAGACCGCAAGCAUUGGAUCGAGGCUCAAGAUAUGCUUAAGCGAAGAUUGGUCACAGAGGAUGAUUUUACGUGGAAAUUGCCAACAACAACAUCCACAGAGGAAGAGGUGGAGAUGUUGAGGUAUGUGGGUGGGGUCGACAUGAGCUUCUCGAAGGAAGACCCAUCAGUUGCUUGUGGGACACUUGUGGUGUUGGACAUUCAGAGUCUCCAAGUUGUCUAUGAGGAUUACUCUCUGGUCACCCUUGAUGUCCCUUAUGUUCCUGGUUUCCUUGCCUUCAGAGAGGCUCCGAUUCUUCUAGAGCUUUUGCAGAGAAUGAAGAAAAGCGAUGCUAGUGUUUUCUUCCCACAGCUGUUAAUGGUUGAUGGAAAUGGAAUACUUCAUCCUCGAGGUUUUGGCUUGGCUUGCCAUCUAGGUGUUUUGGCUGACCUUCCUACAAUUGGGAUUGGAAAGAAUCUGCAUCAUGUGGAUGGUCUUACCUAUUCUGGAGUGAGACAACUUCUUGAAGCCAAAGAAAACUGUACCAAAGAUUUUAUUACCUUGACUGGAUGCUCUGGGCACGUAUGGGGAGUGGCAAUGAGAUCUACACAUGGCACCUUGAAGCCUAUAUUUGUUUCAGUUGGUCAUCGUGUAUCACUUGAUACUGCCAUCAGAAUUGUUAAAAUGACUUGCAAGUAUCGUGUGCCAGAGCCUAUCCGGCAGGCUGAUAUUAGGUCAAGAGAAUACCUGCGGAAGCGUCAAAUGGGAAUGUCAGAGUGAUGCAACUUCAUGGAUUUUUUUUAUUUUUUUUAUUUAUUUAUUUAUUUUUUUUAAGUAAUUGUAACUCAGUUCAUUAAAAGCGCAGAUGGAAUCAAUCCUUAUACA